AAGAUGGCGGCGUCUGGCGUGUUUUCCCUGCUCAAAGCCGAGUUUGAAGCGGCGCAAAAGUCUCUCAAGGAUGUGGACGAAACCAUCAAGAAGCUCACGGGCCGAAACCCCGAGGAGUUCAGGAACCAAGCCCGCAGACAGGCAGGACCUGCUCAGAAGGCUGCCACCGAACAAGGAGGCCGGGAACGGUUCACGAAGAAGCCGGCUAUCGCAACAGCAGGUCCCCCCGCCAAACGAAGAAACCUUGGAGGACCGCCGCUACGGACACCAAUCGAAGCUCCCGCAGAGGACAGCGGCGACGAGGAAGAACUACCGAGAAAGGGUGGCGUUCAGUCCUCCGUUGUGGCGGCGCCCGCGAAGGAUUCGUUGCGGACGCGCCGAGAAGUGAGCGCCCUGCAAAAGGGCGACCGCAAGUGCAUGGAGCGCAACCGGCGCAUGUUCGGCAUGAUGCUGGGCACCCUGCAGAAGUUCCAGAGCGAGGAGACCAAACGCAAGGACCAGGUUCAGUCCCAGAAGCGUGCUGAAAUUGAACAGAAGCUGGAACAGGCAGCCGAGCGUGAAAAGGCGGAGCUGCGCAAGGAGCGUCAGGACCUGUUCCUGGCGCGACGCCAGAAGCAGCAGGGCAUUCGUCGGCUAGAGCUCAAGAUGGAGGUGGCCCGCCUGCACGAGGAAGCUGAGGCCCGCCAGCGACUGCUGCUCAACUUCAUCCACACGAGGACCAAGCCGCACAUUAUGUUCAAGCCGGCCAGGCACACACCCGAAACGGAGAAGCGGCUCAAGGAGUCCCAAAAACGCAUCCUCGCCAUCAUUGAGAGUCGGCGCGCCAAGGUCAAGGAAGAGCUGGACGCGAUCGACGAGCUCUACCACCGCGACAACAUCAAUGCUCAUGCCGGCGAAGAGGAAGAGGAGGAGAUCUACCCCGACAAGGAGAACCGGGGACCCUCCAAGGACCAGUCUGCAGAGGACGAAGAGCAAGCCACCGCGAACAGCGGUGCAGAACCUUCGGCAGACGCAGAUAAGCAAGACCGAGUCGAAGCGAAGUCCGAGCCCAGGGGCAACGGCGAGGUGGCGGAAGGAAUCGCCACGACGAAGGCCACCGAUGGCGAUGUGGCCGAACCGAUGGACACUGCGGAACCUGCAGAAGCCGCAAAGGGACAGUCUGCUGCGGGUGACCGGAGCAAACCAGAGGCAGCCAAGGAAACUACCGCCAACCGGGAAUCGGCAGAGGGCUCGACUGAGCCUACCGAAGACGAACCAACCACGAAAGCCGCCGAUGCGUCGGAAGAGUCGGCCAAAGCCGAAGAAGAACCGUUAAAGGAAGAGGCACCAGUAGCCCCCGCCGAGGUUCCCAGCAUCAACGCGUUAGGAGAUGAAAAGUUUGAACCCAUCUACGACGAAUAGGCCUCUGCGCUACCGCCGCCAUCUCUCGGGAAAUUCGGUCGGCCAGCUGUACAGCCAUUACUGCGUCGAUUUCGCGUUGUUCAGUGGGUGCCAUGCCUCAGCGACGCUUACUGAAAACUAAGCACGGACUCGAGUGCCGCCCGAGUCCCACCCGUUCGUUCCAGCCAAUCGGUGAAAAAAAAAAGACAAUGUUGCUGGACGGUGUCUCCCACGAGGCUUCAUCGAAGGUGGUCGAGAGCAUCACGCAACUGGAAAACUGUCACUGAAAAUUUUAUCUACGGCACAAAGUUCUUUGAGAGACCGGAUACAUAUAUACAUAUAUACACUUUGUGAACGCAUGCAUGAACUGCAAAUGGUGCGACCUCUAGUGUAGAUUAUGCGGAAUUAGAAGGCGAAGGUAAGAUAUGAGCGAAACUUGAUUAUAGGGUGCAUUUAUUCUUGUUUUUGCUUGCUGGGCUAUUUGCAGUAUGAAUCGUAGUGGCUAGACAUUCUCGACUGCACAGUCUUGUACAUUGCAAUUCUCACUUACAAUGAACUGUCUGCCAGUGCAUUCAUUCGUGUUCAAUUCAAGAAGUAAUUUUUAUUGCUGAACUAAAAAAGUGACUUAAGAAAGCUCUGUGCUGUCAGCUGCACUUAGAGCAUUCACUUUCAUAAAAAUGGUACAGGUUGAUGGGAAGCGUCGAAAGUUUUAACCGCACAUGGUCUCAUUGUCGCCAUCACAUCUUAGGUCAUGUCAGUUUUACGAGCACAUCACGUUCGGUUUCUAGUUUUUCAGUGCAGAGUCGCGGUUCUCACAGUGGGCAGUCGUGAAUCUUUGCAGAGUCUGUCUGCAAAAUUUUUACUUAUGCAGCAGCAGCACCUUUUGACUUCGUUAAAGUGCCAAUGCCUACCUGUAGCUUAGGCACCUCAUUGAAAGGAGUCUACAUAUCUGCCACAAACCAGUACAGCCCAAGGUUUGUUUUUCUUUGUUUUUUUUUUUUAAUCUCUGGAGCACGUGUGUUCAAUCGUGCUGAUUUCAGUCAUUAUUACUACAAUUAGAAUUUUGAAUUACUCUAACUGUUGUUGAAACGUGUUUGAACAGGUUGCGGCUAGGUACUGCGAGCACAAAAUCGAAGCUCUAUUGAUCAGGUUUGGAAGAACGAGUAUAUUUGCUCCUUUUCAUGGCAUGCAUUACAAAUCUUUUUUUUUUUUUUGUGCGUGUGUUUCCCCAGACAGGAUAGUCCAUUUAUGCAUUUGCUGCUAACCGAGACAUUUGCCACAUUUGUCGAAGCAGUAUUCGAUUUCAGCUCGCCCUCUCAAAGUGCAGUCUUCGACAGAGCAGGCGCCCCGACACUUUGUGCAGUCUGGGUAACAGAAAUGCCGGCAGGGGCAGCGUCGCACGUCAACCAGCAUUGAAGUUGCUCCACAGGGGCUGUUCAUAGGCUCAUAUUGAACACUUAUGACCUACACAUUCACGAAGGCAAGCUCAACGUUGCAGUCAACACAUGCGGAAUCGUCGGUGCAUCGUUUGCCAACUUGCAGUGCAAAAUUUGUACCUCACUUUCAAUUCAGGAGCGAUUGCAGUAAGCCUUAUUUCAUCGUUCAUUUGUGUACAGUACUGAGGCUCUAUGCGAAAACCGGGUGUCUGUAUUUCUGGUUUUCAGUGAGCCAGGGUCCAUGCAUAUUGAAUGUUGGUAUUAAAGAAAGAUACUGUGUAACACGUGUCCUGCAGUGCCUCCUUCUCAUCAUUUUAACUUCCAAUAAUCUCAUAGUGCUUUGCUUUUAAAAGCUUUUUAAACUGCAAAGUGGUCCUUUCAGAAUUUGCGCAGUGCAGACAGAGUAUCGUACACUCAAACCUCAUAACAAAGUUGCAUCUUACAUGAAAGUAAGUUAGUUAUAUUGGAAAAAUCAUUGUAAGAGUAUAUUUCUAACGCUAUAUUCCAGAAGUAUUUUUCAGUUACUUUGUUAUAUAUCUGUAUUCUUUAAACGAGGUCUGAGUGUGGUUUGUAGAUAAUGUAAUGACAGCCAUGAUUUCUGCCUGUGAGUUAGUGUUAUGUUACUUUGUUAUAACCAAUAUUCCGUUAUAUCCGUAUUCUUUAGAUCGAGGUUUCAGUGUAGUGUGUACAUCAUGUAGUGACGGCCAUGAUUUCUGCCCGAGUUAGUGUUAUGUUACUUUGUUAUACCAAUAUUUCGUUAUAUUCGUAUUCUUUAGAUUGAGGUUUAAGUUUAGUGUGUAGAUUAUCUAGUGACAGCCAUGAUUGUUGUUACAUUGUUAUAACCUAUACUACGUUAUAUCCGCAUUCUUUAAACAGAGGUUUGGGUGUAGUGUGUAGAUCAUGUAGUGACGGCCAUGGUUUCUGCCUGUUAGUGUUAUGUAGUUAAACAGCCAACAUAGAAAGGCUGUGGGAUACCAAAUCUUUGAGAAAGCUAUUAUCACUUUGUCUGGGAACGUGAGCUCUAUGUAAGUGUUCCAGCUUGUAGUUGGCAUUCGAACCUUUUAACCACCACCUAGAUUGGAAAUGUAUGCACUAAUAAGAGUAGACAUUCGAAUAAGUAAUGUGCUGUAAGCUUUUGCUGUUGGAUGUACUACUUGCACAAAAAAAAA